AUGGCAACACCUACAAGACCAUGUCGUGCUACGACUGAUGUGUCCAAGACUAUCAAACACAGUGGACAAGUUCUUAUUUGGCUCGAUGAUAGUGCAGAAGAAGAAAUCGAAAUCAAAGGGGUAUUUAUGUCACUGUUCGACAACGUAUUCGUUUUCAGUAAUCCAGAUGCUUGUCUUGAGCUAAUCAAAUCGGUCGAUACCGACACUCCUUGCCUAUCAAUUCUUAUUUCGGGAAAAUAUGGACAAAUGCUUGUACACGAUCGUUUGCAACCAUUAAUACAAGUUAAAUAUAUAUAUGUUUUCUGUUUUGAUACGGUUAAACAUAGCCGUUGGGCACAAACAUGUGAUAAAGUUCGAUGUGUCUUUUCGGAUAUUACUAAAGUCGUUCAAUGUAUACAAUUCGACAUGCAAAAUGCUUCCAAACAGCAUCAACAGAACGAUCAACCACCAUUACCAGAAGUUCACGAACCGAUUUUAUAUAAACGCGAGCGAUUCAUUGAUGAUUAUAAUCUCUUUGAUCAUGUUGGACUGAAUCUGCUACUCGAAAGUUCCAAUGAUGGUAUCGAGGAUUUUACUCAAUAUUGUGAAGCGAUUGAAGAAUUGGAUUUUACUACUGAUGAUAGAAAUGAUCAUCCUGAAACAUUACAAUUGUAUUUUGAUUCAAAAAAAACACUCCAGGAAUGGUAUCGACCAAAUCUUUCCUUUCUCGAUAUUAAUUCUAACGAUUUAUUGAAAUUAUGGACACUCCGUUGGUUCGUGCGAGGAUUUUAUCGAAAAUUGACCAUGGAAAAAGAAAAAUUCAGUAAAGAUCAAGUGAAAUUUACCACUUAUCAUGCCACAUAUUUAGCUGUGGACGAGCUCGAUGCUAUGAAACACCGUAUCGGUCAAAUAAUAAUUAUUACUGAACCACUGCUUACAUAUACAGAUCGACAAGUCACAUUGAAUUCUGCUCAGGCAGUAGAACCAGACAAAUAUAAAGUUGUAUUCGAAAUCAAUAUCGACUCAACUAUUCACGAAACUAUUCCAUAUGGACAAAUCAAAGACGGAGAAAUUCUUUUAUGGUUCGGUGGUCGAUAUCGAUUGUAUAAAAUUGAAUACGUCGAUGAUCAAGAUCCGUAUUGGUUACUUAGUUUAAAUCUUUGUCCAACAUUAGAUAUAAAACCUACAAUUCAAACUCUGUAUGGCUACUAUUUGAAAGAAUUAUGCGAUUUAAAUGAUCUUCCCUAUGCGUUCGGCCGACUGCUUAUGUAUAAAGGUUCUUAUAUUCAAGCAGAAAAAUGGCUGCAAGCAAGCGAUCAUUACGAAGAACUAGCUGAAUUAGCGCUACGUCAAAGCCAUUAUGAACAAGCGAAAGAUUAUCUUGAUCAUCUACCAAAUGAUUGUCACCGAGCGAAUUUGUUGCGAGUUUAUUUCUAUCUACUGACGAUGAACGAUGAUUAUACCAAGAUGCGGUUGAUUUUAUUGAGAAUUUUAUCCGAAGCGACAGAUAAACUCGUUCGAGCUCGGGUUAACAUCACUCUUGGCUUUAUUCAUUUGAUUGUUACACAACAAUUCGAGCAAGCAUUUGAACACUUUACAAUAGGCAAUGAUGUUAUGCAGACACUUUUACCUCCAAUUCAUCCUGAUGUCGCCAAAUCAUAUCUCGGAAUUGCAUAUACGUAUUACAGUCAAGGUAAUUUUAUAGAUGCAAAGAAAAACUUCCAAACAGCUUUUAAUAUUCAAAAACAAUCCUUGAUCUACACACAUCCCGAUCUUGCAAAGACGCGCAGUGGUCUGGCACAUUGUUUAUCGACAGAUAAACAAACAAUGAAAAAUGCAUUGAACGAAUUCGAAUAUGCACUAAAUAUUUUAUUAGAAGCUUAUCAAUCUGAGCAUCAUCCAGAAAUCGUAGCAACUAGACUGAAUAUGGAACAAUUGAGAAAAGGAAAGCAGCUAUUAUCGCGAAAUACAUUACUUGAUUAUAUAUAG